AUGGCACAAGUUGGAGAGCUCGUGAAUCAUGACCGCCUUUGCUGUUUUAUCUGCCAGGACAUAUUUAAGGACCCUGUGACUAUUCCUUGUGGACACAACUACUGUAAGAGUUGCAUUAAGGGUUAUUGGAAUCAGGAAGAUAAUGGUGAUGAGUACAGCUGCCCCAAGUGCAGAAUGACUUUCUUCCCAAAACCAAUUCUGUGCCAAAACACUAUGGUAGCUGAACUGGUAGAGAAACUGAAGAAGACGGGACUCCAGACUACUCCUCCUGAACACUGUUACGCUGGACCUGGAGAUGUGGAGUGUGAUGUGUGUACUGGGAGGAAGAACAAGGCUGUCAAAUCCUGUCUGGUGUGUAUGGUCUCUUACUGUGAAACUCACCUCCAGCCUCACUAUGACUCUCCAACUUUUAAAAACCACAAGCUGACGGAUGAUACUGGGAAGCUGAAGAACAAGAUGUGUCCCCAUCACGACAAAGUUCUGGAGGUCUACUGCCGUACUGAUCAGCGGUGCAUCUGUCUGCUGUGUGUUAUGGAUGGACACAGACAACAUGAAACAGUCUCAGCUGGUGUGGCAAGGACUGAGAAAGAGAAUUAUCUGGUGGAGAAACAAAAGGAGUUCCAGCAGGGGAUCCACCGGAGAGAGAAGGAGCUGCAUGAGCUGAUUCAGGCUGUGGAUUCACUCACAAACUUUGCUCAAGCAGCAGUGGAGGACACUGAUAGGAUCUUCACUGAGAUGAUCCGCUCCAUUGAGAAAAGACGCUCUGAGGUCAAACAUCUCAUCAAAGCUCAGGAGGAGGCUGCACUGAUUCGGAGUGAAAGGCUCCUGAAGCACUUGGAAGAGGAGAUUGAUGAGCUUAAGAAGGGAGUUUCUAAACUGGAAGGACUUUUCCAAACAGAGGAUCACAUUGAUUUCCUCCAGAGUUCCCAGUCUGUCUGUGUCCCUUCUGCAUCUGCAGAAUUUCCCAGCGUCACUAUCAGUCCAAACUGUUCAUUUGGGAUCCUGGAGACACCGAUCUCCAAUCUAAAAGAUCAACUUGAGAAGAUCCUCAAAGAAGAAACGUUCAAGAUAUCUGAAAUAGUUAAAGAAAUUCAUGUUAUAGAACCCAGGAUCAGAGAGGACUUUUUACAGCAUGUCUGUAAGCUCACUCUGGAUCCCAACUCAGUCCAUAACCAGCUCUGCCUGUCUGAGGAGAACACUGUGGUGAUGCUGGCAGAAAAUGCCCAACCAUAUCCUGACCAUCCAGAGAGAUUUGACUCCUGGCAGGCAGUUCUGUGUAGAGAGGGUCUGUCUGGGUGCUCUUACUGGGAGGUUGAGGGGACUGGGAGAAAUGGGAGUCACAUAGCAAUGUCAUAUAAAGGGAUCGGUAGGAAAGGAAAGGAUCUGAACUCCCUUUUUGGAUGUAAUGACAAGUCCUGGCGGUUGUAUUGUUCUCCCACCAGUUACUCUUUUUGUCACAACAAUGAGGAGACUCCAGUAUCUGGUCCCAGUUCCUCCACAAUAGGAGUUUACCUGGAUCACAGGGCAGGAACUCUGUCCUUCUACAGUGUCUCUGACACAAUGACCCUCCUUCACAGAGUCCAGACCACAUUCACUGAACCCCUCUAUCCUGGGUUUUAUGUGAAUGUUGGAUGUACUGUAAAACUGUGCUCUCUGUGCUGAGGGGGAGAGUGUGAGAUUACGAAAUUAUCACUUUUUCUGUGUAGUGCUUUUGAUUUCAGAUACUAUGAUUUAAACACACAGUUAAGCAAAAAGGGUGGGACAUGAAAGGUGAGCAUUUUGGAUCUGGGAGCAGUAAUGUUUACUCAACUGAAUUUGCUGGCAUGUUGUCUUUGCAGUAACACCAGCCCACAA